AAAACAGCAACGAUGGCUACAGGGAGAAAGGACUGAUGUAUGGUCAUGUCAGUAUUUUCAGAUAUAUAUUAAUGUGAGUACCGUAGCUGUUGAGCUCGCAGCUAGCUACAUGGCUAGUUAGCCACAAGUACAUCAGCGUGUGUCUCAUAAUAGGGCUAACGGUAGACUGCUAUAUGAGAUGACACCCUCAAUAACAGUCACGCUUUGAGUCUAAACGCUAUAAUGAGCGGAUUUACAGUAGUUCUGAACUUUAAUUUACCUUCAACAUGACACAUCGGUAAUAUAUUGGGAUCCCACAUCCACUCCGUUCUUAAAGAAGAGCUACCGUCUUUUCAUAAGCGGACCAGUCCUCCACUGGUCCGGACGGACCUGGUCAAUCAACUUGCUCUGCAUAAACUUGUACUGGUUAUGUCGGACCCUGGCCCACUUCUAAAUCUACUCUGCAUCUUCUUUAUAACGUUAGAGGGAACUGUAAAGUAAGCUCUCCUUGCAGAUGAUUGAUCUGAAGGAAGGAGCCACUGGAGCUGACGACGCUGACCGGUCUUACCACCCGUACAGGCUUCCUGGACGGCCUGGAGAGACCUUUGACCUCUUCUGUUGUUCCAUUCCUGAACCUGCUGCCUCUGUUAACGUUACUGCUACUCAUGGAGAAAGACUUGUACAGGCUGUCGUCUAACGAGGACCUCCCAGCCAUCUGCAGCCUUUUUGCUGGCCUCCAACUCCAAUCAGAUUAAAGCAGUCCCUCAAAGUCACAGAGCUGCUGGAGUCUUCAUGCUUAUUGAAGGAGGAAAAUACACCUUCAACUUCACUGCUGCCAGAGCUGCCUGCCUAUUUCUGAACGUCACCAUAGCGACAAAAGCCCAGAUGGAGCGAGCAGUACAGCAUGGACUGGAGAUGUGCAAAUUUGGCUGGACAGCUGAACAGAUCGCAGUCAUCCCACGACUUACAGCUGACAAAAAAUGUGGACAGGGCAAAACUGGGGUGGUGACGUGGCUCGCAAGUGCAGAUAAAAAGUUUGGUGUAUUCUGCUUCAAUGCAUCAGAUUUAGAGGAAACUCCCAACACAUCACCAGCCAGUCCACAAAGCUCCACGUUCCCCACCACACUGACAGCACUGACGCAAACCUCAACAUCUGCCACACUUGUGCUCAGAUCAACAACCAAGCCUCCACCUUCAAGGGCGGCAAUAACAACAACAAAAGCCCCUGAGCAGACAGCUUUUACUCUCCCAGUCAAGACAACACAUUCAUCUAGGAUUUCCUCCACCUCCACCACUCUUAAGCCUUUCUCCACCCAUAUUCCUACGUCUCUUUCUCACCAUAUCACCUCAAAACCCACUGGGGUCAGUUUUGCCUUUUCUACUUCUGCUCAUCCCUCCGAUUUCUCUGUUUCCUCUGAGUCAGUGAUGCCACACUUGGUGAGUCCUGCAAAACCUUCUCUAGGAGAUGCACCUACAGCACUCAUCAUUCUUGGCAUCAUCCUUCUCCUCCUAACAGCAGCAGGCCUUGUGUGGUACUACAAACUGAAUAUUUUCACCUUUUGGUCUCAGGGGCAGCAGAAGGACGACAUAGAGACAGAGAUGUGGAAGCACACCGACAGUGAGAUGGACCUGCACAGUCAGCAUGAAGGAGAAGAAGAAGAAGAAUCAGACAGGAAGUACUCCAGUGAUAUCACGCUGUGUGUGAAUCCAGACAUCAAAACAAACUUUUCAGAGUAGCUUUAUGAUAUUUCUGUGUGGAUUUUACCAAGUGGACUGAAUGAAUUGCAGCCACAGUGUUGCCUGUUAAAUGUCAGUAACGGCUUUAGAUACAUGUCUAUUUCAGACUAGAGGAUGAUUUACUUUAUAAAUGCUUUGGUUUAUUGUACUUUUCAAAGUGAUUGUACACAUGUACACACAUUUCAUGGCAUUUUUCUUCAAACUUACUGUUACUGAGAUUGGAAAGCAGCACUUAAUUGAUAAACUUAAUAAUCUUUAGAAAGCACCUUAUAAAGUGUUUAACAAAUUACAAACCAUUUCAUUAAUUGGUCUUUAAAUGUUGAAUAAAUUAAAUUGAAUUGA